GUUGUUGUUGUUGGCAGCGCUUCCCCGCCUCCUCCUGCCCUCGCCAGGCAGCGCAGCAGCGUCGAGAGGAUUGCGCGGGGCUGAGUCAACCCCGGGACCCGCUCAGGGAGUUGCUGCUGCUUCGCCGCCGCCUUUGCGAGGCCAAAACAAAACUUUCCGCUCUCUGGACCUUCCAGGAUCGUUAUUCGCGGGGAAGCGACCGCGCCGGGCGGGAGAGACCAGCGGCGACCUCUCCGAGCAGCCUCUGGAGGAGGAGAAGGAGGGGGCCCGAGGCCGUCAGCUUUGCAGAUCAAAGAUGCCUGUCCAGACGUGAUACUUGUAAUGCAGUGAUUUGCUACACUGACCACAAAGGAAAUUGGCUAUGGCCUAGUACUAUUGACCUUUGGAGAGUUUAUGAUGUCCACAGGUACGAGUGGCAGGAAAAACCAUCAGGCUGUGAGCCUGGAAGGAGUUGAUCCAGAAACCUGCAUGAUAGUCUUUAAAACCCAUUGGGCACAGGUUGUGAAAAUCUUAGAGAAGCAUGACCCCUUGAAAAAUAUUCAAGCAAAAUAUGGAGCAAUUCCUCCAGAUGAAGCCAGCACUGUGCAGAACUACGUAGAGCAUAUGCUUUUCUUGUUGAUUGAAGAACAAGCAAAAGAUGCCGCAAUGGGACCUAUCCUGGAGUUUGUGGUCACGGAGAAUAUUAUGGAAAAACUGUUCCUGUGGAGUCUCAGGAGGGAAUUUACUGAUGAGAUGAAAAUUGAGCAACUGAAGAUGUACGAGAUGCUUGUCACUCAGUCCCACCAGCCCUUGCUACAUCACAAACCCAUCCUGAAACCUUUGAUGAUGUUGCUGAGCUCUUGCUCAGGAACUGCAAUAUCAGCUGUGGAAGCACAGCUGGUGGUACUACUAAACCAGCUGUGCUCAAUUCUAGCCAAAGAUCCAUCCAUUCUGGAACUAUUUUUCCAUACUAGUGAAGACCAAGGGGCUGCAAACUUCCUGAUUUUUUCUCUGUUGAUUCCUUUCAUCCACCGUGAAGGGACCAUUGGCCAACAGGCUCGCGAUGCACUACUUUUUAUAAUGUCACUUUCUGCAGAAAACUGUGUAGUUGCUAAUCACAUAGUAGAAAACACUUACUUUUGUCCGGUGCUAGCAACAGGCCUAAGUGGCCUGUAUUCAUCUUUGCCUACAAAGCUGGAAGGGAAAGGAGAAGACUGGCACUGCCUGCUGAAAGAUGAUUGGCUUCUUUCUCCAGCUCUUGUCCAGUUCAUGAACUCCCUCGAGUUUUGCAAUGCAGUAAUACAGGUGGCACAUCCAAUGAUUCGCAACCAGCUUGUGAGCUACAUAUAUAAUGGGUUUUUAGUGCCAGUGAUGGCCCCAGCUCUACAUAAGGCGACUGUAGAGGAAGUCAUGACUACAACCGCAUACUUGGAUCUUUUCUUGCGUAGUGUUUCGGAACCAGUGUUACUCCAGACCUUUCUCCGUUUCAUCCUGCUGCACCGACAUGAGAAUGUACAGAUUCUGGACACCCUCACGAGCCGCAUAAACACUCCAUUUCGGCUCUGUGUGGUAUCCUUGGCUUUGUUCAGAACUCUUAUCAGCUUGCAUUGUGAAGAUGUGAUGCUCCAGUUAGUUCUAAGAUACCUGAUACCUUGCAAUCACAUCAUGCUGAGCCAAAGAUGGGCUGUUAGAGAAAGGGACUGGUAUUCCGUAUCUGCUGCUCGGCUGCUUGCCUUGACUCCCAUCUGCUGCUCUAGUGGGAUUACCUUGAGUCUUCAGAAACAAGAAAAAGAUUAUAUCCUAUGGAGAAAAAACAUACACGAAGCAGGUUCCACUGAGAUAUCAUCCAGCAGAAGUAUUACAGACUCUACAUGUAUUGUAGAAUAUGGUAGAAGUAUAGAUAUCAGUUACUUGCAAUACCUUUGGGAUGCUCAGAUACUUAUACUUCACUGCAUGAAAGACUGCCAGGUUUGGUCUGCUCCAUAUGAUGGUAAAACCCCCAAUCCAUGCAUCUUUAUCCAAACUCUGGUUGAAGAAGAUAGUAAAAAUAUAGAGCAUCCCAUUUUCAGACUCUAUCACAGAACCCACAGUAAUCAUAGCUCCUCUCAGCUGACCCCAGUGGGAGAAAAGAUGCAGCUAGAGCUGGAGUGGGAUGAUAGCUAUGAUACAGGGAUUUCUCCUGGAUCUGAUACUGGCUCUCCCCAGCAUAAUGAUGAUUUAGGGAGUAUCGACAGACAAGCGCCUGCAGAGCCACCAAAGCAUAUUCAGGAAAUGAAGAAGAAUGCAAUUAUGUUCAUCAAAGGGUCGUAUAUAGAAGACUCUGACUUUCAGGAUGAUGUCAUGGUAUAUAGGUUGUGUGCUGAAAAGGAUGCUCAGGAAGCAGACAGUUUAAAGAAGGAAACUUUAAACACUGUAGUGUCAGAAUCUCAAAAAACAGGUAAUCAAAAACAGCUUCCUACCAAUGGUCCACUUAAUCCACAGCCAGAUGCAAACUUGGAAAAGCACAAUAUGAAAAAUUCCAAUUUAAUUCAACAAACAAUGGUAGAACCAGUCCAUGAGAACCAGGAACCAGACUUGGAACUGAAGUUGUCUUCUCAAGAACCAGAUGACAAUGCUAACAUAAGGCUGCUGAGCCCAGAAAGUGAGGAUUUUAUUUCUCAGUGUGAUAAUAUCAUUAAAGAACUGGAUACAAACUCUACAGGCUUGGUAGAACUUAAAUCACUUAUGCCUGAUGGUAUCUGUCCAGUGGAAGAGGAGGAGGACUUUGAAAGUUUUUCAGUUGACACUCCAUCAGUAGAAAGUAUGCCUUCACCCUUCGGAUCAAAAGAUGUAUGGCCCGGCAACCCUGCAAGGAUCCAGAAUGUCCCAUUUACAGGACCCUUUAUAAGUGUGGUGCUAUCAAAGUUGGAGAACAUGUUGGAGAACUCCUUGCAUGUCAAUUUGCUGCUCAUUGGAAUUAUUACUCAUCUGGCCAGUUACCCACAACCCCUUCUCCGUUCUUUUCUGCUCAAUACCAACAUGGUAUUUCAGCCUAGUGUGCGAUCACUAUACCAGGUGCUGGCAUCUGUAAAAAAUAAAAUUGAGCAGUUUGCUUCCAUUGAAAAGGAUUUCCCCCAUCUUCUCAUACAAGCACAGCAAUACCUGCUUUUACGAGUGGACAUGUCUGAUAUUCCUCUAGAGUCGUUAACCAAAGAUAAUGCCCAACACACCAGCAUCCUGGGGAAAAGAAGGAACUUUUCAGAUGGAUCUCAGGCCAUCCUGCAGCCUUUUAUGGGAAGUAAAGCAAAGAGAGGCGCUCCUCUGCCCAGCAUCCCCUUGCCCGUCAGGAAUGCCAUCCUAGCAGCUGCGCUCUUCCCAGAGUUCCUCAAGGAACUGGCAGCUCUUGGACAGGAACAUUCCAUUCUAUGUUAUGAAGUAUAUGGGGAUUUUGAAGAUUAUUAUUAGUUUAUUUUAAGAUCUUUUUAUUUUAAUUUUUUAAACACAGAACUACUCUUAAAGGAAAACACUCCUAUAUAUUCCUGACAAUACUUGAUUGGGGAGAAAUUGUUACAUCUUUGUUUUGGGCCUUAUUUCCAACUGUGCAAAAGGUUAGCUUACGGUAGUCACGAAGCUACUUUUGUUUUAUGGUACUCCAACCCUUGAUUUUAUUUACCUCGGUCUUCCUCAUAAAACUCUGUUGUAGUUACUUUGGAGUGAGUUAAAAAGUCACAACUGUACAAUUAACUGCAAGGUUUUUUCCCUUAUAUAGCAGACUUGGUUUCCCAAUAAGAGAUAAGAGAAUAUCAAUAAGAACCAGCACGACAACUCCAAUAAGCCUUUUAUGCAAAUACUCUUUGUUUUUUAUUUAAGGGGGAAGAGAACAGUCCUUCCCCUAAAUUAUUUUGCCAGUUGAAUCAAAAUGAAUUCAACAUAUAUAAACAUAGGACUUGCUGAAAGCAGGUGCUGAGCUGAAUAUAUACCAUGUUGCCUUAUGCUGUGGUCAAGUCUGUAGCUUUCAGCUGUUGAAUGCGUUGAAGUUUAAUGAAAUAAGGAAAUGGCCAUUGAGUGCAGACCGUAUGGAAUAUUUUCCCUGCCAUUUCUCUGCAUUCUCUUGAAAAUACUAGAUAAUAAUCUAAACACUCGAGCCUUAUUUUAAUAAGAUUUGCACACAGCAAAAUGUUUCUAUGCAAUCUAUAAUAUGUUUUGUAGAGUACGUUUUUAUACUUCUAUUGAUAAGCUAGAGACAGCUAAUUGAGGAAAUUUUAAUUAGUGUUCUAAAGAUUAAUUAUAUUUUUAAGUCAGACUUUACAAAAAGUAGCCGGCCUCUAAGCUAUAUUUUUCUUUUUAAAGUUUAAAUACUAUUUUGGUUCAACAGGAGCUGUGUAGUAUCUGUAAAACACUGGGUAUUUAUUUUUGAUGUAUGUUAACUUGUACUAAUUUUGCACUUUUGAGGAAUGCAGCACAAGAUUGUUACUAAGGAUACAUACGCUGGAACCUGUUGCCAUUGGUGUCCAAUUGAACAUUUUCUUUUGUGAGUAAUGAGGCUCAUUAGGAAGGGUCCAAACAUGAUGAAUGGGUGCAUUACAGCUGGAUUUCAGCUUGUUCUAGUAAGAGUAAUUGUUUCUCCAGUGCCGAAGUUGGCUCUUUAACCAGUGGCUCAGUUGUUGAAAGCCUUCAUCCUUUUUUUUAAUAACAGGAGAAAAUGAGAAGCUAUUCUAAAACCAAUGGAAGCAGAAGGAGGCAAAGACAAAACUUGAAAGCAAUUCGAUUUGCUCCUGUUUGUAAAUUCCAUAUAGAGCUGCUAAUGGUAGCAAGAAUGUUUGUAUCUUCUAUGAUAGUUCAUGUCACCUAAACAAGCUGUUAUUUCAUUGGAAGGAUUACCAUAUGCUCUCCUGAAUAUAGUCUGAAUUUAGAAGUACGAAGGCAUCAAGAGAGGAGCAGCUGUCUCCUGCUUCAUUCUUGAGCAGCUUUCCCCUGAUUUAGUCUCUUUCCCCAUUCUGUCUUCCAUCUGCUUUGGGCCAAAACUAGAGAUUUGUGGUCCGUAGCAGGCAAGGUGUAGCAGGUUCAUGUUCUCUAUAAGCACUCUCCAUAUGCUUGAUGAGAUUUGCAUGAAUAAAACUAGUGAUGCAGUAAUUCUAGUUUUGCUAGUCCUCUUCCCGUGGAGCUACAUAUUUCAAGGCAUCAAGGCAUAAGUCUACUGGAUUUCCACUGCUGCCAUCACUAUUAUUUUAGAUUCUAAGAUGAUGCAACCCUUGCCUCUGUUGAAUGGAGGAGCUUAUUUGUCUAUGUCAGUGUCAUCUUUCCCUAGUUAACCAUGGAAGCAUUCUUUCCACUGCUACCUUUGCAUUUCUACGGUUUACUCUUCUGUUGGGUUGGAUCCAACCAUCUUUUCUGCUGAUGUGAAAGGAAGGUGUCCUCUGAGACCACCCAAAAAGAUUAUAAGAAUCAUGGACAUGCAUGCACACAAGCUGGGCUGGAGCGGAGGGGCUGCAGUAAUGAGGGGAAUUGGGUGAGAUCCAGUGAAAAACCUGACCGGAUCCAACCUAUUGUCACAAGAAAAAGAUGAAAAAGCUGUUGCUAAUCUGUUUCCAUACAUGCAUAGAUUCCUAAGCUUUGUGAUAUGUAUCAUAAGGGUGUGCAUAUGGAUAUUCCUGGGCCAAAAUCAUUCCUAGAAUUUGCUGUUCUGGGUCAGCUCAGGGAUAUAUGAGAGGUGUUGUGUAGCAUAGUGGUUAAGUGGUUGGGCUACGAGUCAGCACUCUGCUGGUUUGAACGUCACUACUGCCAUCCUCUAAUCUGUCUAGAAGAGUGGUAUAGAAACACACUGUUAUUAUAUCUGAAGUGACCCAGACAUUCCAGAACUUUUGGUAGUAAUGAAAAUUUAUGUUCUGAAAUUUUUGGAGUAUUGAAAGUUUGAGCAAGGCUGAAGGAUCAACAACAAUGGCAAGGGAUAGUACCCUUUCCACAGCCCUUACUGUUGUCUUCUGUCCAUUCGGUAUGCUUGGACUUCAGAGACCAGGCCUACCACAGACUGGCUCUUUAAAGUAUAAAUGGGGUUCUUAAAGGGUUUUUAAAGGGCCAUGGCACAUGUUCUCUUUCCCUCACUACCCCUGCUGCCUGGUGGGGGGGGGGUCAAUGCAUUUUUUUUAAGAACAUGAUUUUCAGGUGCCAAUAUUCUUAAACCCAAAAAAGUCUCCUAAACUGAAGGGUACUGACAAUCCCAAAACUCUGGGAUAAGAAAAAAUUAUGAUGUUCCUGAACAUCUGAAACAAAAUUAAAACAUUUUUUAAAAGUAUGCACCCCACCUUUCAUCCUGAUAGCAUUUAAGAGGAGAUAGGAAAUUAAAGAUCAUGUAAGGUAGGGGACAAAUGGAUUCCUCUGCUACCAAAAAGUUCUGGAAUAAAAUAUGCUAUUUUAGAGCACGUUUCUGGAAGUGCUAGAUCUUCAUUUAAGACUUAAGUUUGGUGAAUCUGAUUGUGUUCUGUGUUGGCUUCUUUUGAUUUUGUGAGAAUUGAUGCAGAUUUCUUAAUACGUGGUAUUAUCAGGCUCUUGUUAGAUAGUAAGGUGCAUGGACUUUAAAAAAAAUACGGACUUUGAAUGGAAUAAGAAUUAACCACGCAGUGUGUGUACGCCUGGAGACUUACUGUUUACUCUGCAGUAGAAUUCUUGCUGUAAAGUGAGAUGCUACUUUUUAUCAUUUGUCUUUAAAAACAAAGGAAACAGCCAUGUUAAGGACUAAAAUUUAGUAACUGUAUUAUGACAAAUGACCUGCUUAUUUUUUAAAUUAUUAUUCUUUCAGCUAUAAUACUCAUAAAUUGAUGUUUUUAGGGUUGGCUCAGGGUUUAAGUGAAUCUGUGAUUCCAUGGGUGUCUAGAAAGGGGGCCAGCCCAAAAAGUAACUGGGGUCUCCUCAGCUUCUACAGAUUCCUUGCAAUAGUUCUUUGAGUAAUCUCUAAAUAGAGAGAAAAUAAUAAAAAGUCCCGUAGCACCUUUAAG